AUGAAUGCUGAAAAUGAGGAUUUCGUGCGGCGGCGCCAGCUGCAGGUACAGCGCGAGCUAGAGGACGCCACGCGGGACGAGGUGGUGGUGGAGCCGGAGACGGGCCGCCUGCCCGUCUGCAUCGAGUCGGCGCUGCCCUCCAAAUGUAUCGUCAGCUUUGACGCGCACGAGAGUGAAGUGAACGCCCUCUGCUGGAGCCCCUCCGGCCGACUGCUGGCCUCCGGCGGCGGAGACAGGAAAGUCAAGCUCUGGACUGUACUGAGAGGUCAGCACCAGUGCAUGGGCCAGUACCUGGGCAGCAACCGGGCCAUCAACUCGGUGACGUUCGACGACGAGGAGAACCUGGUGCUGGCCGCCGACAACGACAUGGCCAGUCGCGUCUGGGGCGUCUCCGACUUCCGGCUGAAGCGCAGCUGA